AUGCUGCGCGAGGCGCUGGGGGCGGUGCGCGUGGUGGUGAGCGACUGCGCGCAGCCGCUGGCGCUGGGGUCGCGGCCGCUAGUCUUCGGGCUGGCGCUCGCCACGCCCACCUUCAGCUACGCCGCCUGCGCCGCCCUGGGCGCCCACCUCUUCACCAACGGGCUCGUCUCCUACGAAGACGUCUUCCGGGUGCUACAGUCGCUGAUUUUGGGCACGGUGCUGGCAUCGCAGUUGGCCGCCCUGGCGCCGAACGUGCUGCGUGGGGAGCUGGCCGCCGCUCGAGUGCUGAACCUGAUCUCCAAGCGCUCUCUCGCCUACAACGUCAACGCCGAGUUCCACACCAAAUGGAGUAUGCGAGGCAACAUCCGGUUCUACAAGGUGGGAUUCCGGCCGGGCCCGCCACAGCUGCACGAGUUCUCGCUGCAGCUACGUGAAGGGCAGCGCGUGGCGCUGGUGGGGCCCCCGGGCUGCGGCCGCUCGCUGCCCGUGCCGCUGCUGCUCGGCUUCUACCGGCCCACCUGCGGCACGCUGCUGCUGGACGGACGUGACGUCACACAGACUAGCCGGGCCGUGGUGCGCAGCCAGAUGGCGCUGGCAGACGGCAACGCUACCUUCUUCCGUCGCACUGUGGCCAGCAACAUCGCUUACGGUUGCUGGGACGCCCGCACUGAUGACAUCAUUUCUGCCGCUAAGGAGGCCGGCGCGCACGACUUCAUCACCGCACUGCCAGAGGGCUACGCCACAGUGCUGGAUGGGCGGGUGAUGCUGACGCCAUCGCAGCGGCUGCGGCUGUCGCUGGCAAGAGCAGUGCUGCGGGACGCGACAGUCCUGCUCGUUGAGAACCUGUGCAAGGUCGAGGACGAUGACGCAGAGGCGCUAGUGGAGGCAGCACUGCGACGUGCCUGCUUGGGCCGCACCUGCAUACUGGCAUGCCAGCAGCCACAGUGCGCUGCAGUGCGUGCUGCACAGUGGGUGUGUGUGAUGCGCGCUGGCGCCAUUGCCGAGCAGGGUCCUGUUGCCUUCUUAGCCGCCAGCCGUUCACUGUACCGGCGACUCUGCUACAGCUCUACUGUCGACUGA